GAGUGUGCGCCGUGGGUUCAUUCGUUCGGCGACAAUGGCGGCAGACCUUGAGCAGUUUCAACAGCUUUUACACACACUUCUUAGUACGGAUAACGAUGCCAGAACACAAGCAGAGGAGGCAUACAACAAUCUCCCAGUGGAUAGCAAGGUGACGUUUCUGUUGGCCUCUUUAUGCAAUGCUACCCUUACAGAAGAGAUGCGUGCUAUGGCUGCCGUCUUAUUACGUCGACUCUUUUCUUCUGAGUUUAUGGAUUUUUAUCCAAAAAUUCCACCAGAAGCUCAAGUACAGUUGAAAGAACAAAUUUUGGUAUCUGUUCAAAAUGAACAAAUCGACACUAUUCGACGUAAAGUAUGCGAAGUUGCGGCCGAAGUCGCCCGAAAUUUAAUUGAUGAAGAUGGUACUAAUCAGUGGCCAGAGUUUCUGCAGUUCCUAUUUCAAUGUGCAAAUAGUCCUUCACCAGCACUAAAAGAAAGUGCACUUCGAAUGUUCACAUCCGUCCCCGGUAUAUUUGGAAAUCAACAAGCAAAUUAUCUAGAUCUUAUCAAACAAAUGUUACAGCAGUCGGUCAUGGACUCUGCAAAUUACGAGGUCAGAUUCCAAGCUGUAAGAGCAAUUGGAGCUUUUAUUACUUUGCACGAUAAAGAAGAAAAUAUUCAAAAACAUUUCUCGGAAUUGCUACCAGCGAUUGUCCAAGUAAUUGCUCAAUCAGUAGAAAAACAGGGAGACGAUGCUCUGUUAAAAGUUUUAAUCGAUUUGGCAGAAUCAACGCCUAAGUUCUUGAGAUUACAAUUAGAAACUAUAAUGGAAAUGUGUAUGAAAAUAUUUUCUAACGAAGAGAUGGGUGAUUCGUGGAGGCAACUAUCAUUAGAGGUAUUAGUAACACUAGCAGAAACCGCUCCAGCAAUGGUACGUAAAGUUGGUGGGAAAUAUAUUGCAUCCCUUGUACCGUUGGUAUUAAAAAUGAUGACAGACAUAGAAGAAGAUGAAAAAUGGAGUUUCUCUGAUGAGAUUGUUGAUGAUGAUAAUGACAGUAACAAUGUUGUUGCCGAAAGUGCUUUAGACAGAUUAGCAUGUGGUUUAGGUGGUAAAACAAUGUUACCGCAGAUUGUACAGAAUAUUCCUUCAAUGUUGAAUAACAGUGAUUGGAAAUACAGGCAUGCUGCUCUAAUGGCAAUAUCAGCUGUCGGUGAAGGUUGCCAUAAACAAAUGGAAGCAAUAUUACCUCAAAUCAUGGAAGGUGUUAUACAGUAUUUGCAAGAUCCUCACCCUCGUGUAAGGUACGCGGCUUGCAAUGCAAUAGGUCAAAUGUCCACUGACUUCGCACCUAUAUUUGAAAAAAAGUUCCAUGACAAAGUUAUUCCUGGGUUACUGAUGGUUUUGGAUGAUAAUGCAAAUCCAAGAGUUCAAGCUCACGCGGGAGCGGCACUCGUGAAUUUCAGUGAAGAUUGUCCGAAAAAUAUUCUAACGCCAUACCUGGAUGCAAUUAUGGCUAAAUUGGAAUCGAUACUUACUGCUAAAUUUCAAGAAUUGGUUGAAAAAGGCACUAAACUUGUUUUGGAACAAGUUGUCACAACUAUCGCCUCAGUUGCUGAUACGUGUGAAGAACAGUUUGUUACAUAUUAUGAUAGGUUAAUGCCAUGUCUAAAAUACAUUAUUCAGAAUGCAAAUCAACAAGAACACAAGAUGUUACGUGGUAAAACAAUUGAAUGCGUUAGUCUUAUAGGACUUGCAGUUGGACCUGAAAAAUUUAUUGCAGACGCCAGUGAAGUUAUGGAUAUGUUGUUAAAAACGCAUUCAGAAGGAGAUCUUCCAGAUGAUGAUCCACAAACAAGUUAUCUUAUAUCUGCUUGGGCACGAAUUUGUAAAAUUCUUGGAAAACAAUUCGAGCAGUAUCUACCAUUAGUAAUGGGCCCAGUUUUACGUACAGCGGCUAUGAAACCGGAAGUUGCUUUGCUAGACAAUGAAGAUAUGGAAGGUAUAGAAGAUCUUGAUUGGGAAUUCAUUUCUCUUGGAGAACAACAGAACUUCGGCAUUAAAACAGCUGGUUUAGAAGACAAGGCUUCUGCCUGUGAAAUGUUAGUUUGUUAUGCGCGAGAAUUAAAAGAAGGAUUCGCAGAUUAUGCGGAAGAAGUAGUACGACUAAUGGUUCCUAUGUUGAAGUUCUAUUUUCACGAUGGUGUUAGAACAGCAGCCGCUGCAAGUUUGCCAUACCUUCUCGACUGUGCAAAAAUUAAAGGUCCACAAUACCUUGAAGGUAUGUGGGCGUACAUCUGUCCUGAUCUUUUGAAAGCAAUUGACACAGAACCCGAGUCUGAAGUACUGCUUGAAUUAUUAUAUUCAUUGGCCAAGUGUAUUGAAACACUUGGCGCUGGUUGUUUAGGAGCACAACCUAUGGCAGAACUUCUGCGCAUAUUAGAUAAAUUGCUUAACAAACAUUUUGAAAGAGCAGUGGCUCGAUUGGAGAAACGUAAAGAUGAAGAUUACGAUGAAGUUGUUGAGGAACAACUAGCCGAUGAAGAUAACGAAGAUGUAUAUACUUUAAGUAAAAUAGGAGAUAUUUUACAUGCUUUGUUUAGUACACACAAGUCUGCAUUUUUCCCUUUCUUCGAUCAAAUCUGUGGACAUUUUGUUAAAUUGUUAAGUCCUGAAAGGUCUUGGUCAGAUCACCAAUGGGCUUUAUGCGUUUUCGACGACGUCAUAGAGUUCGGUGGACCUGAAUGUGCAAAAUAUCAAGAAUAUUUUCUGCGACCAAUGUUACAGUACGUAUCAGAUAAAUCAGCAGAAGUGAGACAAGCUGCAGCAUAUGGUUGCGGGGUCUUGGGGCAGUAUGGAGGAGAAGCAUUUGCUCAAGCAUGUGCAGAGGCGUUACCUAGGUUAAUGGAAGUUAUAAACGACCCAGAAUCUAGAUCGCCGGAAAAUGUGAAUCCUACUGAAAAUGCUAUUUCUGCAGUAACAAAAAUUCUUAAGUAUAACCAUAAAGCAAUCAACGUUGAUGAAAUACUUCCUCAUUGGCUUUCUUGGCUACCAGUGGUAGAAGAUGAAGAUGAAGCACCUUACGUUUAUGGAUAUCUGUGUGAUUUGAUCGAAGCAAAUCAUGUAGCAGUUUUAGGACCAAAUAAUGCUAAUCUACCUCGACUAAUAAGUUACUUUGCAGAAGCACUUUUUAAAGAUGCAGUACCUAUAGAUAAUCCUGUCAUGGGUAGAAUUCUUAGUAUUGUUAGACAAAUACAGAACAACGAGUCUAUGUUCCAGGCAUGUAUAAAUGCAUUAACAGCGGAUCAACAACAAGCGUUGCAUGAGGCACUUAGUGCAUAGCCUACUAAUUAGCUAUUUGCUUUUACCCCAGAACUUUAACACCUUAAUAUAAAACAAAAAAAAACAUUUGCUUUAAUAAAGUUUACGGAGAAAUCACAAAUUUUAGGUAGCUACAUUAUACCUAUGGAACAUGCGCCAGCCUAAUUAUGAACAGACACAACUGUACGUAAUUGAUAUAUCUCGCAUAUUUGUUGAUUGUAUUUCAUUAAUUUGAUACAAUAGUAAUCUCAUUUUUUACUAUUUGGAAUUGUUGCAAAUUAUAUAAAACAAACUUGUGCUUCUCACUACUCGGCGAGUUGUGAUAUGUUGCACAGAAAUCUAGCGAUAUGAAAAUAAUUGAGUCAUUUGUGAGUUCGCAUUGACGAAAUUUCUACAAUUUGUUCCCAUUCGUAUCGUUCAUAAAAAUGAUGUACAUAUACGGGUUUACUUUAACGUAACAAAAUUAGUACAAGACUAUUUUCCGCCAUUGAAAGCCGAACGAUGCUAAAUUAUUACUUUUUUUUUUUUAUAUAUAUAUAUAUAGCUUUGUAAAUUGCUUAACGUUUCUAAAUUUUAUUUCUAAAUUUCUUGUAGCAUUGCUCUGAGGACAUUGGAGAAGUUUUUGUCACUGCGAUCUCUUCGUCCCAAUUGUCUGUAUUUUGAAUCAACUUCUUUGGCAGAACGAUAAAACUGCAAAAAAUAGACUGGAAAAACACCAACUCGUUGCUAUCGAACGGUGGCAGAACAUAUUGUGAUUUAGGUAUUUUUAUUAUUAAAUUUAGGUGCAGUAAAUGUUAUUUAAUAAUAAUAUCGAUAAUAUUACAGCGUUGAAGUUAGAACUGUAUACGAAUGCCUUUUACAUGAAACGUAAUGAACUGCUCUAUAAAAUUUAAGAUUUGGAUAAAUAACGAUGUAUAGUAUAUUAAAUUUUCUGUUAACUCUAAUUUAACGAGUUGUGUUUUAUAAAACAAAAGCAAAAGAAAAGAUAAAGAAACAUAUUUUCAGUUUUAUAUAAAAAUUGUAUUUAACAUUUAUGAUUCUACAGCUAAUUUAUAUCGACUCAUUACGCUUAUUUAGCUGUAAUUUUUACACUUAUUUUGUUAUUAUGUCAUCUACAAAUAAAAGUAACAAUAAAAUUAAGAAAUACGACUGAAAUGAGCGAAAACGGUGACAAUGCUGGGCAUUACGUUUCUUCCGAUUAUUGUGUAAUAAAAUAACAACGUGAAUUAAGAACAGUGAUGUUAAAAAAAUAAUGACUGAACGGAGUAGCGUUACAACUUCCUGAUCUUGUUGCUGUUUAUUUGUAAUCAGUAAUUACCGAUAUUUACUAUUGCAUGCAAGUUCGCAAUGCAAAAUAUAUCUCAUCAUAAAAUUUACGGCUACUUGCAACAAAAUCCUUAAAAAAAAAUUUUUUAUCAACAUAUAAAAUAUAUAUAUAUAUAUAUAGAAAUGUGAUAGAAAUAAUUAUUGGAUAUUCAUUUGUAUAUGUAUAUAUAUAUCAAAGUAUAUAAAUACUAAAGAUAAGUACAUACAUGAAUGUAAUUAUUAUUGAUCUUUGGUAGACACUGCCUCAUCAAUUAUUUCAUCAAGACCAAGAUAAAAAAAAGUACAUAAAGAUACUUAUGAAACGAAUACAAGUAAUAUGAAGUUGUAAACAUUUCAUUAAGAACUGCUGAAGGACUGUUUGUGCGAUAUAUUGUGACAAAAAAAUGUGAAAACAAAAUCAGUGCGAAAAAGUAAAGUUAUAAUUCGUAUAAUUAUAUAGAGAUUAUUUUAAAGUAAUUAUUAUUUAAAAUAAAUCUCAGCUUUUUAA